AUGAAGUUUGCGAAGGAGCUUGAGAGAGAUGCAGUACCAGAAUGGCGCAUCAAGUACCUCAACUACAAGGCCGGCAAGAAGUACGUUAAAGCCGUUUCACGAGCCAUCAAUAGGACACCCAAACAUGCCAAUCGAACUCCAUCCUUCUUUCGAUCAAACACGUAUGACCUGCCGUCAAUUCUGCCCACCUCGGCUUCAGGUCCGGCUCCCAAGCGAACUCCAAAACAAAGGAACGGAGCUGCGGUUCCUCGAUCAAAUCCAAUCACGUUCUCCGGCGGCGCAAGCGAAGAUGAAGCCUUGACCGGCGAUGGCAACGACCUGCAGUAUGGAAGCUUUGUGCCAACGCCGCCAACGCACAGCCCGUUGAGAGACAACGACGACAAGGCUCAUGACUUUGCCUUGCCAGCACCCGCUAUCAAGGCACCCGACUCACCAGAGCUCACGAAACCUUCUGGAGCUAAGACCUCUCGAAGUAAAUUGCCCCUGCAACGACGAGCCUCUACCGCGGCGGAGCCGGUGACAACACGAUAUGAUACUCUGCGGCCGCAUCCUAUGGCGCGGCGGCCGACCAUUGGAGCCCUGACAGAGUCGCCUUCACAACUUCGACGAAUUCUUUCCCAUGCACACAGUCCUCUGAAGCGGGAUGCAUCAAAACCAGAUGGCGGAUUGACCGACUUUGACCUGGUUCGAGAAAGGGAACGCGAGUUUUACGAGUUUAUGGAUUCUGAAUUGGAAAAGGUUGAGGCGUUUUACAAACUAAAGGAGGAUCAAGCUGGGCAGCGGCUCUCCUUGCUGCGACAGCAACUUCACGAGAUGCGAAAUCGACGAAUUCAAGAGAUGGCUGCAAAUCGCGACAACGAUCCCGAUAAUGGACAAUAUACCGACAUGGAGAACUCCAAAGACAACUUGAAUGGGUGGGUUCAACCGAUAAAGGCUAAGAUCUUUCCGCCGGGACCCAAUUCCAAGGCACUUCGAAACAUGCCAACGACGCCAUAUCUUCCAGCCAGUGCAUCAGCUGGCGAUGCGACCAGAGACUACAGCCGGCGGCGGCAAAAGGAGGACGUGUCAUAUCGAACAGCCAAGCGAAAGUUAAAACUUGCACUGCAGGAAUUUUACCGAGGGCUCGAACUGCUCAAAUCAUACGCACUUCUGAACCGGACUGCGUUUCGAAAACUGAACAAGAAGUUUGACAAGGCGGCCAAUGCUCGACCACCGUUGCGGUACAUGAACGAAAAGGUGCACAAAGCUUGGUUUGUGAACAGCGAUACUCUCGAUGGGCACAUUAAAGCUGUUGAAGACUUGUACGCACGAUACUUUGAACGUGGCAAUCAUAAACUUGCGGCCGGAAAGCUUCGAAGUCUUUCAAAGCACUCAACAGACGAGUCUGGAAGCUCAUUCCUCAACGGCUUUCUCAUCGGCACUGGGCUCAUCUUCAACAUCGAGGGACUUAUCUACGGCUCGCAGCUCCUCUACAGUUCCGAUCCCGUUAUUCGCCAGCAAACUGGCUACCUCUUACAGUUAUACGCGGGCUACUUCCUCAUGCUGUUCAUGUUCUCCCUCUUUUGCAUAAAUUGUUUUGUAUGGACCAAGAACAAAAUCAACUAUCCGUUUAUAUUUGAACUCGACCAGCGAAGUGUGCUUGACUGGCGGCGACUUGCUGAGUUUCCAAGCUUCUUUUUACUCUUAUUGGGCAUUUUUAUGUGGAUGAACUUUAGCCAAUACGGUGCGGAUUGGCUUUAUAUUUACUUUCCCGUGUUUUUAAUUUGCAUCACUGCGGCGAUUAUUUUCUUCCCGGGACCGAUACUGUCUCACAAGAGCCGGUCAUGGUUUGUCUAUGCGCAUUGGCGCCUUUUGCUGGCUGGGCUUUACCCGGUCGAGUUUCGCGAUUUCUUCCUUGGAGACAUGUAUUGUUCACUCACAUAUUCCAUGGCUAAUAUCGAAUUAUUCUUUUGCCUGUAUGCAAAUGGGUGGGACAAUCCCACACAAUGUAAUUCGAAUCACUCCCGCCUCUUGGGCUUCCUGAUGACCCUGCCCCCUAUUUGGCGCUUCUUCCAAUGUCUUCGUCGAUACAAGGAUACGCGCAAUGUGUUUCCUCACCUUGUCAACGGCGGCAAGUAUAUAAUGACCAUUACCGCCACUGUCAUGCUCUCCCUCUACCGCAUCAACAAUUCCCGCACAAACCUGGCUCUCUACAUUACCUUUUCCGUCAUCAAUGGCGUCUAUGUCUCUAUAUGGGACCUCUUCAUGGACUUCUCCCUCUUACAAACCGACGCACGACAUUACGCUCUCCGCGACAUCUUGGCCUUCAAGCGCCGCUGGCCAUACUACUUCAUCAUGGUCAUCGACCCUAUUCUCCGCUUCGCGUGGAUUUUCUACGCCAUCUUCACCCACGACACGCAACACUCGACCAUCGUCUCCUUCUUCGUGUCGUUUGUGGAAAUCCUGCGUCGCGGAAUGUGGGCACUCUUCCGCGUCGAAAACGAACACUGCGCCAACGUCUCGCAGUACAAGGCAUCCCGCGAUGUUCCACUGCCGUACCGCAUCGAGCCACUGAUGGACCGCGUUAGUGAGGAAACGUCUCCUAUAUUGACGGCGGACGAGCAGAGACGGCAGGAAUUGACGCAAUCGACGGGGAGUUCUACGGCUGUUGCCUCCACGCUGGGGACUUUGCGGCGGCGCACAGAUACGAUUAGUGCUCGGUCAUUUUCCAAGAUUCUCGCCGAGGCUCAUAAGCAGGACUUUGUGAAGAGGCGCAGGCCAGAGGAAGUGGUGGACGAUGAGGCUGGCGAAGAGCCAAGUGACGAGGAUGAGGAGGAUGAGGAUGAGGAGGCCGAGGCGGCGAGUCUACUCGAGGAAGGUGAGGCUAGAGGACUCAGGAGUCGGCAUUAG